AUGCCGUCCUCUAAGGGAAAGAAGUCCUCCAAGGCACGUCUGCAAGAACGUCCACCCACCCGCGCGAUUCGGACGGCUACUCCUCCUGCUCAUGGAACGCAGGGGAGUGAGGAUGUGGAAGACGAAGGGCGCUCCCGGAAACUCCUCUCGGAGGCCGCCGCGAAAUUCCCCGGUCUCAUCUCCGAGACUGCUUUCCUGGGGCGAAUAGCUGAUGUGUGUUCAUCUUGGGAGCAGGAAGGUGGUGGAGCGAAUGUUUGGCUCUCGGAGAACGCCAUGGUUGCCGCAUCCCUGCGCCCGGGUUCCCUGGUUUCGGUAACUCUCCUCUGCCCGCGCUGCCCAGCGAGGUGUUUUUUGAUAUGUUCACUAAAAGCGGGAUACGCCGUAUCUUAUGUUUUAACCAUUGGUUCUUUCAUGGUUGCGCUGUCGGUAGGUGUCGCUUGUGGCCUCAGGCAAGCAGCUUUCAGGUGAAUUUCCCCUUGAUUCGUUAGCUGACGGGUGUGCGGAAUACUUUGGACUUGAUGCUGUUGACUCCCUAACCAAUGAAGCGGGGAGAUACUUCGCCGUUGCAAAAGUUUUCUCUUCGCAGAAGGUAAAACAAGGGUUACCAGUGCGUUCCCAUUCUGAAAAUUACUUCUUUGUUUGCUCAGUGUGGAAUUCGCUAUCGGCGAACAUCAUUGUGAUAGUAAAAAAUAAGUUGCAUCUACCUUUUUGGUUCGAAAUUACUAUGAUUUUUGAUUCCUCAAUGUAGGUUCUGAAGAAUGGAGUAAGACUGUCAUGGAGUCUCUCGUGCACGAUGGGUUUUCCUGCUGCUGGCAGGAUUUUAUUUGUUUCCCCUAUUGGAAAUCUCCACACUUCAUAUAUUGUACACGGAACAGAUAAUAUGGAUAGUUCAAUUAAUGUAAAUGAUGCUUCUGUCUCCUCCUGCAUAAGCAGAGACCUGUAUCUGAAAUUGGUUCGAGAAAAUGAUGGGCGAACGGGCUACAACGAGAGGUCAUCUCCUGUUUGUGUCAUGAAAAAUUCAAGCUUCAUUCCAUCCAGAGAAGUUUCGCCACCAAAGACACCCUCUUGCUAUCAGCCAAGGAUUUCUUCUCCUGGUUCUACUCCUAUGCUUCCUAAGGGAUCCCAGGAUGAUGUAUCAGGCUUUCAAUACCCUCCAAAUAUUGGUCAAUCUGCCAUAAGAGAAGGGUUUAAGGAUGAGAAGUGCAAUGAACUACUACUGACCUAUGCAAUCCGAUGGUUUCGUGGACGCUAUCUUCUGAAAGGGAAUGUUCUAGCUCUUCCCAUAUUUGGACAACUCUGCAUUUUUCAAGUCGAGGGUUCGAUCAAGGAAUCAGUGGAUAAUGAUAUUGCCAAGCAGGGUCGGAUCUAUGGCAAGGUGAAUAAUUUGGUCGUCCCUGAGGCCAAGUCACCCGACGUCUUGUCCCAUAAUGUCUUCCUUGUGGACUACAGGACCAAAAUUCAUCUAACUCCCAUGCCUGCAGUCAUAGAUAUUUCAGGUAAAGGAGACAUGAUUUCAUCAAAACUCGUGGAUAAGAACGUCAGGUUCAAGGAUUCAGGUAACUUUCCAAGAGUGGGUGGCUUAUCCAAGGAGUAUGCGCUCUUAAAGGAAAUAAUCGGUUUUUCAUUCUCACAUCAGUCCUCUCUGCUAAGGUAUGGCUUUUUACGUUCGCUUACUUAAUAAAUUUUAUUUAUUUUCGUGUCUAAAUUAAAAAUAUCUUUUUCAAUAUAUUUUGGUUCCUUACAUCUCACAUCCAGUAACAUUGUGUUGAAAUGAUGGGAUAAGGGUCAAACUGCUGAGGAUGUGUUAAGUAGGGUGCCUAAUAUUAAGAAUUAUAUGUUUGUUUCAGAUAUAGAGGAGUACUUCUUUAUGGUCCACCUGGCACAGGGAAAACAUCAUUGGCUUGCUCUUGUGCUCGCGAUGCUGGUGCUAAUCUUUUUGUUAUCAACGGACCUGAGAUUGUAAGCGAGUAUUAUGGAGAAAGUGAACUCAAAUUGCUUGAAGUGUUUGAUACAGCCAGAUUAGCAACUCCUGCCGUGGUUAGAAUUGUUUCUAUUCACAGUUUCUAUGAAAAUUAGUGUUUUUCAUCAAUCAUUUUUUAAAACUUCUAUUUUUUUAUGAUUUUUCUCUCCUGCAUUACUUUAUGCUUGUUCAUGGCAGACUGCCAACAUGCAUUACGUUAUGUCGUCACAUUUACUUGGUAAUGCCAAGCUGUUUGACAAAAAAAACUAUUUCAUCAGAACGUAAAUCUAUCAGCAAUGAUGGAGGAAGCAAACUAUGCAGCUGUUAAACUGAAGUGUUCUAUGUCUUUUGCCUGAUAUUUGCUUUAGUCCAUAUAGUUGUAUUUCCCUAGAUGUCGCACUGUAUUUUGGAUGAUAUUUUGAUCCGUAUAACCAUGUUGACACACUUGUGGUCAUGAUUAGUCUCUGUAGUCCAAGUGAUAAUGGCGGAAUACUACUGGGAAAGAAAAUCCUGUUACUAGAACUCAUUUUUUUCUAGCCAUUUUAUCCUUUUUUUUAAGUACAAUCACUUUGUCUUCUAUAAUAUUCCCGACAGAAAGAGAGCAGAGGUAGAGAAGUUAUAGGUGAUCUCUAUUGCACGCUAGAUGAGUGUAAUGCACACGAGUAAAAGAUAAUGUUGAAAAGUUUAUAUGAUAGAUAUUGUUCCAUUCUGAAGAUAAAUCUGCUGUAGGGUACUAAUCUUAGUCACUAGCAUAAAAUAAAAAAUGAUUAACAGUUGACAGGAUGUGUAAACUGCUUUCAAUUAAUGUCUAGAAAACUUUUUGUCAUGUUUCUUUUUAUGAUGCUUAUAAUUUCUGAAGGUUGCUGCUGGUUCAUAUUUGAAGAAAGUAGUUGGUGCAGUUUAUCAUUGAUAUAAAGUAUAAAAGUACUCAGAGCUUUAUGUAGCAGUACAUACAACUAUAGAACCUUCUCCAACUGAGGGAAUUAUGUGUCUCAUCAUUAGAUUACGAUGAACUCACACAGCAUGGGCAAUUGAGUCGUGGUCCCUUCCCUCUCAACUGAUCUUGCGAUCUCCCCAAAUUUUGAAAUUAUCAAAAGUGAUGCCAAAAGUGACGGAUUUAGUUCUUUAGCUCUCAUGGACUUUUUAGUUUUGCUUGGUUCAUUUCUGCACAAAUCUUGGACGGUUGAUUGUUGGCAUAUCAGACGUAUUAUAAACUAGUCAUUUCUGCGUUAGUUUUAUUUUUCUAUGCGAUAAUAUAUCAGAAUUAUUGGUGGAACACCAUUGCUGGUGUGAUUUUGAAAAUGUCCUCCAUUAGGAUUGAAAACCCUACCUUUCCUAAGGUUUUCAUUGAUGAAUUGGACGCUAUUGCUCCUGCACGGAAAGAUGGAGGUGAAGGGCUCUCUCGAAGGAUUGUUGCUACAUUGCUAGAGUUGAUGGACGGGAUUAUCAGGUCUGAUGGAAUACUUGUAAUCGCUGCUACCAAUCGGCCUGAAAGCAUAGAACCGGCUUUGAGACGACCAGGAAGACUUGAUAAAGAAAUUGAAAUAGGUAAUACGCGUUUGUUUCUGAUUUUUGUAUAGUUGGAAUUUCUUAUGGUAGGUAAUGUCUGUUUAAGAGUAAAUUAAUCCUUUUUCAUUUAUUCUCCCCAGUAAUCUCCAAUUAAAAAAAUUUGAUUGAGGUUUCUUGGUCAUGCAACAUUAGGAAAAUGCUCCACCGUCAAUAAUAAAAAUAUUUGUAUAGAAGCCGUGAUCAUGUAUUCAAAUCUAUGCAACUCCUGAUGCAUACAAAAAUUUAUGUCAGCAAUAACAAGUCACAAAAAUAUUAAUUCUUUAGUGCCUCCAGGAAUCUAAUUUUUUUCCAAUAUUUAUAGAUUUCUGUGCCUAGCCAAUGUUAGAAAGAAAUAAAAUCUACUAGGUCGUCUUUUUCCGAUAGAAUUGAAGGAUUACUGAAGAUGACCUUUCCUUUAAUUGAAAGGAUGAGGUCAUCCUUUAUCGUGUAUUUGAAAAUUUUAGCUCUCCAUAUUAUUAAGAUCUCCCAUUGUGUUCUCGUCUUGACUUUGCUGUCUUAUGGUCAUUUUUUUUCCUACCAAUCUUUCUGUGACAAAGAACGUUUUAACUUAUUAAUUCCUUUAAGAAAGUUCCUUCUUAUCUACACUUCUUGGGUGUUUACGUCGUUUUCCUUGGGAGGCCUACUUUUUUCUCUCUUUAGUUACAGUUUUUGCCCGAUAGUAUAUUCAAUCCUAUUGUGCAGGUUUUUAUUAUUCUCAUUCUCUUUAGGAAGGACUUUUUUGUGCCCAAUUUUGUUUAAUUAUUGGAAAAAUACCAAAUGUCUGGUUGCGUGGAUUCAUUCAAUAAACUCAUAUGUAGGUACAUGAAAUGUAUUCCUCCAUUGCUGUAAUGAACACCAAUUUGAUCAUGGAAAAAUACUGAUUUAAUUGAUCAAAUAUCUUCUGUAAUGACGUUUGGAAUGGACUAGAAGAUUCCCAUGCGUUUUCCGAAUUUGAAUUGAUUUUGAAAACAUUAGCUGUUUCAUUUGUAGUAAAGUAGAUAUGACUUUUCUGCAACCUUCUGUGGUUAACCAGGUAAAGCUUUAGGAACAUAAACUUACGAUUCUUUGGGUCUACUUUCAGGAGUGCCAACUCCAGACCAGAGGCUGGAUAUACUUUUUGGUAUUCUUGACGGAAUGCAUCAUGAUCUCAGUUAUGAAGAAAUUCAAUCCUUAGCUUUAGCCACUCAUGGAUUUGUUGGUGCUGAUUUAUCUGCUCUUUGCAAUGAGGCUGCAAUGAUUGCUCUUCGACGUUAUGUCAAAAGUAAGGGGGUAGAUGUAGGUAUUCUUGGUCAGCCCCAUUGGGAGCUAUGCCUCAAACGUGAAGAACAUGAAGGUGAACCUCAAGGCUGUGAUUUGGGAGACAAUAAUAUGCACAGUGUGAAACAGAUGGACUCUGUUCUAUUGUCCCUGUCAAAAAUGGCUAUAUCUUCAAAUUAUCCAUCUGAUCAUGCAGAGGUAUCCAAAGAUAUUGAUUCCGAACAUUAUGGGAUUCUUAAUAAUACUUAUGCAACAAAAGAGUUAUCUGAUCUACAAAUAACAACGGAAGAUUUUGACCAGGCUAAACUGAAAGUGAGGCCUAGUGCCAUGAGAGAGGUACACCUUUUUUAAACAUUAGCAUUUCUUGUCAAAAUGUAAACUGAUGAUUAUGGAUAAACCUUUUUCUGUUUGCCGCUGGAGAUCACUUCUUUAACACGAUAUCGUGGGUCGUCUUUUGACAAACUGAAAACUAGAAACUUCAAAAUCUGCAUAAGGGGCAGACCUAUACAUUUUGUUAUUACAACAUUCGGCAUUCUUUUUGCUGUAGUUUAUCUAUAUACUCAUCUUAGAGAAAAAUUACUCAGAUACUUGCAUAAAUCCAUGUGAAUCAUGUAAACUAGUUAACUGGUAACGCAUUGACUUAGAGUGGUAAGAGAAUAUAAUAUGUGGAGAAUAUUUUCUGCUGAUUUAACCUUGAUCCAUGUGUUUCUCUGUUAGGUGAUGCUGGAAGUCCCAAAAGUCCGUUGGGAAGAUGUGGGUGGCCAAAAUGGCGUGAAAAGGCAACUGAUUGAGGCAGUCCAGUGGCCUCAAACAUGUCCAGAUGCUUUUAAGCGGAUUGGUAUCCGUCCACCAAGGGGAUUACUUAUAUUUGGUCCUCCGGGUUGCAGCAAGACACUGAUGGCCCGUGCUGUAGCUUCUGAAGCUAAACUGAACUUUAUUGCCGUUAAGGGACCUGAACUUCUGAGUAAAUGGGUUGGUGAAUCUGAAAAGGCAAUUAGCUCAUUGUUCUCCAAGGCGAGGGCUAAUUCCCCAUCUAUUAUAUUCUUUGAUGAAAUAGAUGGACUUGCUACCACUCGUGGGCAGGAAACUGAUGGGACUUCUGUAGGAGACAGGGUCAUGAAUCAGCUCCUAAUUGAAUUAGAUGGUAUGAACUUUGUGGGAUGCAGUUUAUCACAUUGUCUCAUUUUGAUAUUUGUUUUUAGUUAUGUGGUUAUCUUUUGUGAUAUUUUGUUUAAUUUGUUUCUUCUGCUUGAUGUCCAAUUCAACGUAGUUUUUCACCACUGAAAAUAUGCUUGGCGCAUUAUAUACUGAAGAUGUUCAUCAGUAAUGUAGAUUAUUCAUGCUUAUUACAAUUACUAAGAGGUCUUUUUCUGGCCCGUUUUUGCCGGAAAAUUUGCAGAGUCAAGAAAACUGCAUAGAUUUCAGGUUGGCAGGCACUGUUCACGGGUUUUUCUUUUAGUCCACAAAAAAAAUUGCAGAAAAAUUGCCUAAUGUGGUAUAGCCUCGGGCCAUUACUUAUAUUCACGUGCCGCCAUUUAUCUGGAAUGGCAUUGAUUUUUUUAAUUUUACCGCUCUCCACAUUUUACAACCCUCUGGAACUCAACAGUGUGCACUAAUUAGAUUGUCCGGAGACUAAAGGUUACCCAUUAUCUUGGAGAUUCUCUGUUUCCCUUGUCCAUAUAGCCUGUUUCUCGUCAUGGAUUUUUUCGUGCUGGUCUGUUUACUGGAAAGGAGAAAUAAAUGGACGACCUUUCAUUUUUACCGUGUCGAUGAAAAAUCACUUCCUUUCAUUAGUAUUUGGAGAUCUUUUUUAUUUUUUUGGGGUGGCCUGGACAUUAAUUUUUUCUAUGAUGAUCAAGAACUUAGUCCGGACGUCAACUAAUUUCCGGAUCAAUGCAGGCUUAGAUGAAAGAUUUGGAGUGACUGUUAUUGCUGCUACUAAUCGUCCUGAUAAGAUUGAUCCAGCUCUUCUAAGACCAGGUAUCAUUGUGAGCUUUUGAAUAAAAACAAUAACUUUUUGCCUUUAUGUCGCAGUUCUGCGUUUUAAAGUUUUCGUUUGACAUCAAUUAUUUGGGUUUAAGUAUACGUUGAAUAUCAGAAGAAUAAUCCUGCUUCGUUCAAAAUCUGAAAUAUCUAUACACCUUGGACAGGACGCUUUGACAGGCAUUUGGACGUGAAGCCCCCAGACGAGCAUGACCGGGAAGAUAUCUUCCUCAUUCACAUGCGAGGCAUGCCCAUCAGUUGUAAUGUCACAGCAAGGGAGCUUGCUUGUCUUACGAAAGGCUACUCUGGCGCAGAUAUAAAACUUGUCUGCAGAGAGGCUGCGGUAGCUGCGCUUGAGGUAUCUUGCUCAAUCAUUUCCUCGUCUGGACAGGAAGAUGGCGUUAGACUUUGUCUUGAGGCUACCUAAAACAUAUGUUUGGAUACCCAUGUAAUUUAUUUAUCCGAUUUGAGUAUGGCCAGUAGCUAACUGUACCCUUCUGACUAUUCUCAGGAGAGCUUUGAUAUCUCAGAAAUAUCGAUGGAGCAUUUUAAGGUUGCGAUAGGAAGGGUGAAGCCAGCUGACGUUCAGUUUUAUCUGGAUAUAGCAGAGAAGUUCAGAAGAUUCGUUGAUGUUGACUUUGAACAGAAACCCUAG